CAGCGGCUGGGGUGUUCUGGUUACAUUAGCGACGGAUUCUGCUGCUACUCGCGCUGGAACCAAGGCGGCGGGUAUGGGUUUGUCGCAGAAUUUGUUCCGCGCCCUGUGGAGAGUGCUGUCAAAGGAAGUGAAGGAGCAAGUGGGCACAGACCAGUUCGGGAACAAAUACUACUAUAUCCCGGAGUACGAGAAUUGGAGAGGACAGAUUAUUCGAGAGAGAAGAAUUGUAGAAGCAGCAAAUAAAAGAGAAGUGGACUAUGAAGUAGGGAAUAUCCCAACAGAAUGGGAAGCUUGGAUUAGAAGAACAAGAAAGACUCCACCUACUAUGGCGGAAAUAUUAAAGAAUGAAAAACAUAGAGAAGAAAUUAAAAUAAAAAGCAACGAUUUUUAUGAAAAAGGAAAACUCCUUAGUAAAGAGGACAAUGAGGAACUCUUGGCUCCACCAGUCGAAACUCAGAUUAAAGGGCAUGCGUCGGCUCCAUACUUCGGAAAGGAAGAACCCUCAGUGGCUCCCACCAGCACUGGUAGAACCUUUCAGCCAGGAUCCUGGAUGCCACAAGAUGGCAAGAGGCACAAUCAAUAAAUGCACUGUGAUAAAAUCAUUUCAUUUAAAUGAUAUGUGACUAUUUUAACAAAUAAAAAAAGUAAAGUUA